CCCUCACAUAGUUUUGAGGGCUUCAUACUGCUCCUGUCCCGACCUACCAGCCGACAGUCAGGGUAGGUGGAGUCUCCUCAUUCCCGUCCACCAAACCUGUUGCUGUCAUUGGGAGGGUCCUUCUUUGUCCAUCGCCUCCACUACCCACCCACCCGUUCCACAGAGGUCUAGCUGACACACAAGAGUCUCGGGGUCGAAGCUCCGAGAAGCCGAGUCUAAAAGGCGCUUCGGGUCUAUGAUCUAGACCCCCCCUCCCUUUUCCCCACCCCAAGAAGCCUUUCCCCUGUGUGUGGAUUUUGUUUUUCCAUCAUGGACCCUCAGAAGCAGCGUGUGGCGACCAUGGCUGACAAGCUGGAGGUGACCGGUGUGGAGGACGAGGCAGGGAACCCCAUCAGCGCCCUGACCAUCCUGUCCCUCCUGGAGCGGGUGGCCGGCAUCAUCGACAACGUGCAGGCCGGCCAGCAGCGGAUGGAGGAGAGGCAGCUGGAGCUGGAGGGAAACAUCAAAAUCAUCCAGGGUGAUGUCCUCAAGCUGGCCAAGGACCACACCACCACCAGCGGGGUGGUGGAGAAGCUUCUACAGAAGACCCGCAAGGUCAGCGCCAACGUCAAGGACGUGCGAGCGCGUGUGGAGAAGCAACACGUCCGGGUUAAGAAGGUGGAGACCACCCAGGAUGAGCUGCUGACAAGGAACAAGUUCCGUGUUGUCAUCUACCAGGGAGAGACCGAGAUCCCCUCAGUGGCAGUCACAAAGGUCCCCAAAGGAAGCGGACUGGCAGGGGUGGAAGUGGAGCCGGACACCUACGAUGCCCCGGUAGACCUCUCUUCGGACGAGGAGUACAUGGUGGUGGAAGAGACCGACUCCAAGGCGGCCCGCCUGAAGAAAUCGGGCAUGAAGGGCAUCGAGAACAUCAAGGCAGCCUUCUCCCGUGAGAACAUGACCAAGACCAAAGACAACAUUGGCACCAAGUUCAACCACCUGGGAGAGCGCAUCGUGCCGCCAGAGCGCCGUGAGAAGAUCCACCAGGCCGGCGAGCGUCUGAAGCACUCCAGCGAGAAGCUGAAGGACAACAUUGCCAAGAAGGCCCCCACCAAGGAAUCCUUCCGGAUCAAGCUGAAGAAGGAAAGGACUGUGGCGGAGGGCCAGGAGGGGGCCGAGGGCGUCGACGGGGGGGCCACGGAUGCGGAGGAGCCAGCUGGAGAACCCAAGACGUCCAGCUCCGACGUCACCUACACUGAAGUGGUGACAGAAAUCAAGCGGGAGGGUCCCGUGGAGGAGCCUGCGGCCACCCGGAUAGGGGAAGCUGUGGAUGAAGUCAAGGGGGUGGCGGCCGAGGAAUUGAAGUAACCCUCCUAAGCAGGCAGCUCAUCUCCACGAACAAAACGGGAAAGCAGUAAUAGGCACAGAGUGUGCAGUGUGCUGUAAGAGAGGAGUUCGGUUUUGCAGUAUAUCACAUCAAUUUAUCUUCUUUUACAAAAGGAAUACUGAACUUUUAAGGCCAUCCCAGGGUUAUAGAUUUGUUGGUGAUUUUUCGGAAUGUGGUCGGUUUUGGAGGAUUGGUAAGGUUGAAGGCAGUCUCCUGUCAGUUUGGAAGGUCAUUGUGAAAGAUUGAGUUGAAGUUGUGGCUUUCUGUUUGAUAGAAUGUAAUAGGAAGAAAACCAAUUUCCUGUAACAUUCGGCUCUUUUUGCAAUCGUCGGGCUUUUGGAAAUAAUACAAUAACUGAUUGUUUUUUACAUUGUACACAGACUCUGAUUCACAAAUAUAUCAAUUAACUUAUGUAAAAACCAAUAAACAGAGUGGUGUUACUGGAAAUUUCUGCGAGUUGAAAACAUUUAUUUAAGUUUUUUAAUUUUGGGAGACUGAAAAUAAUGUUAACUGAUUAUUAGCUGAGAACUGGCACUAACCAAUGUUUCACUGUCUGAUUUCCAUUUACAUAAUCUUACAAGACGUUCUAAUGUCAUCUUGCAGCAAUCGUUUGUGAGCACAUUAGGUAUUUUGAUGUGGAGUAUGGAUGAGGAUGAGGUCUUGGGGCUUGGAAAAGAAUGACAAAGCAUAUAGUAAAAUUAAUGUCAUUUUAAAUGGUCUGAUGAGUGGCAAGAUUGUUUAUUGUAAUCAUAAACUUCAACGAAGAAUCCAAUACACCAAGGAGUGCAUGACAGUUGCAGACAUUAUCAAUAAAAAGAACUCAAUCAGCUGGUCUCUGAAGAGUAUCUUAAAAUUGCUGAUAUCAAACACAUGGUGAUACUGGCAAUACAUGGUAUGUUGUGCUACAGCCUGUUUGUAAAUUGCACAAUACAAAAAGGCAGAUUCAGUGAUACUGAUAAAAUCCAAUACUAGCCUCUGUGAACAGCACAAUGUGAAGAGCAAAGUGAAUUGCAUUCAGCAUUAAUCUCAUACAAAAUAUAUAUAUUCUGUUUUGAAUAAUUCUUUGUGGUAGUCAGCAAAUAGCAUUUGAUCAUAUUUCUCAGUGUGGUGAGCUCUGCUCAAUACAUAAACUGAUUGGUCUGUUCAUGAAUACUGUGUAUAUGCACCAAGGUCUGUCUAUUCAUGUAUUAAAUGGACAGCCAUAUUUAAAGUGUCAAUAAUAAGAAGCGCUAGCUGAUAAACCAGCUUCCUGCUCAAGGCUGUUGCUUUGGAAACUCACAACAAAUGUCCCGCUUAGAGCACAGAGUGAUAGUGUGCAUGAUUUUAAAAGAUUUUAUAGUUUGUUUUGACUCUUCGUAGUAAGGAAUUGUAAAUUAUGUACAAAUGUCCUUGGCAAAUGAACUCUAUCCCACUCUGCAGUCAAAGUUUCAAAAUAUUUUAUGAGAGUAGUAGAGCAAUAUGUAGGCUUGCUGAUUUUAAUUUUCUCUGUACACCUGAUACCUUUGGGCAUUCUUUGCAUUUAACAGAACUAAGAUUUAUCCACAUGAUUUUAUCCUUCAGAAAUAACUGUACAAUUGUGAAUAAUUUGAGAGAAAAUCUGUGAAAUUGCUGUAUGUUGAUUUUAUGUUGUAGGAAAAUGUAUGCCCAUGGUUAUAUAGAAUGUCCUCUUAAUUGUUUGUGAAUUCAAAUCUGAAAUAUAAGCUGAAUUUUCUUUCUGACAAAGUAGAUUUUGCAUAACCAAUAAUAGUUGCAGUUUAGGUUUUAUACUGAAAAAAAUAAUAGAACAGAAUAAUAGCAGCUAUGCAAAUUAUAUGUUUUGUAUUCAUGAUAUGCACUGCAAAGUAAACUGCAUGACAUAGAUUGACUAAAUCAGUAAAUAGCAGUGGUAAGACAGGCCCAAAAGACCCUGAGGAUAUAAAAUACAUUUCGAUCAUUUUCAUGGAAAUGGACUGAAUUCUUGGUUGUUAUAGGCUCAUUUGUUUUUUUUUGUUUUUUUUUAUUUAAUACAACUAAAUAAAGACAUAAUACUAAC